GGGAGAGAAGAUUGUUGUUCAAUCAGGCACUCUUUCUCUUUUUAUCCCCCGCAGCAUCUCUUCAACCCACACAUCAAAAAAGAAGCAUGGUCAUGGCCGCCAUGGCCGCCGUUAAUGACACAUACAAGAUGGACCAACUUGUGACCGCCUCAAGCAGCCCCACAAGUUCUUGGCAGUCGGAGGCAAACCGUGGAGUCCAGAUUGCGGCGACCCUGCUCAUUUUCCUGGUGGGCAUACCUUUGAAUGUGCUGGUGGUUUGGGCACUCAGACAUAGUCGCCGACACCUCGUUCGCAGAGGCAGCAGCAGAGAGACGCGUGCCGCAAGCAGUUUUCGAAUCUACGUUCUCAACCUUGCUCUAGCCGACCUGGUGCUAGUUCUUCGGACCCCCCUCAUGUUGGGCUACUUAGCCCACAACAGCAGCUGGCCGUUCGGUUUCGCGCUGUGCCGUCUCGUCAUGUUCCUGCGAGGCUUAGGGUUGUACGCCUCAGCCUUCCUGGUUUGCGCUGUGGCCCUGGAACGUUGCUUGUGCCUACUGAGGCCUGUAUGGGCUCGACUGCGCCGCCCCGCCUGGGCUGUUCCUUUGGCCUGUGCCUUGUUAUGGGUACUUGCCACCAUUCUGUCUGCUCCGUACCUCCACAGUGCUGUUCUAAAGGAAAACAACAGCACGCUCCAGUGCUUGGAGAGUGGAAAGUUUGACACAGGGUUGUUUAUCUCUGAGACUGUCGCAGGUUUCAUCUUGCCACUAUUGGUGUUUUUGGGAAGUAAUUUGGCAGUUUUAUUCACUAUUAAGCAAGCAGGACCCGUGACACCGACCUCUUCAUCCCCUUCAGCUUCCCGCAAGAUGACUAGAAUGUACCAUGUUCUCUUCUUCACCAUGUUGCUCUUCCUCAUAGGGUGGGUGCCCUACUUUGUGUGCCGGCUACUGCGGGCCCUUGCUGAAGGACUACCCGAAAGGGCUGCACUAUACAAAAGGGCAUCUUAUGGAACAUACAUCUCUCUCUACCUGGUCUACACCAAGAGCGCUCUUAACCCUGUGCUGUAUGUGUUUGCCGCCAGGGGCCUCGGCCGUGCUGUACGAGCUUCGGUCACCUCUACCAUUGUACGACUCUUCACAGAUGACAGUGCUGAGUCCAUACGGAGCAAAUCACUCAAAAACUCACAGGUCUAGCCGCCGAUGUUAGAAUCUUCACUCUGAGGAAGUCAUAAAGCAAUUAUUUAAAAAAGACUUUUGCAUCUUUACAAGACAAGAGACUGCAGAAUCAGUCACAGCAAGGAUUUCCCUGCAGUGAAAGUAUAAAGAUGAUGCUUAGAUCGGUAACAGAUUCCAUACAGUGGCUUAAAUCAGCAUCAUAGGGACACAAAAUACUCGACUCUAGUAAUCCCUCAUUUAUCACAUGAAUUGGUUCCAGACCUGACCAUAUAAAUGAACUUCCGCCUUUUGGUAGUUUGAGCAUAGAAAACCUGUUUAUGACAUCUCCAGGUCCUGGGUAUGGUGGAGGCUACUUGGAGCUACAAGGAUACAACCAGGCUCUUCCUAACCUAGAAUCAGAAACCUGCAUGAACGCCACAAUAUCCUACAUCGGAGUCAGUCCUUUGGUGGAAUAACUGUUUUAGAAAUGCAAAGAAAUACAGCUGAAAUACGUGAGGAUUCUGGGUGAUCUAGAAAGCUUUCAAUGCUGGUUAUGGUUAUGGUUCUAGGUUGUGGCUGCUCUAUAGGAGUCCACAACUCAAUACAAAGGGCCAAAAUGAGCAUAAUGGGUUUCCUUUAAAGAAAAUCUCUUAAGUUGUUAUGGAAGCCGAGUGUAGUGUAUGAUGCAGUUUUGCAUAGAAAGCAACAAUAAAUAAUAUGACUAUUUGAUGUGGGAUCAUUUUAUUAUUCUUACAUAUGCAGUUUUUUUUCUGAAUUACUUUCAAAUGUGAUUUUUCUAAGUUUUUUUUUUUGGUAAUGUUGUGGUAAAACACAGUGACUUUGAUUAUCACAUUUCUACAGCUAUUUAAGUUUGUAAUACUUAUAAUAUUCCAAAAUUGUUCCGUUUAGUAUUUCUUUUCUAAAAAAAAGUAGCAGCUAUUUGCCUUCUGAACAAGGAGCACAACGGACAAGGAACAAAGUUUCAUAGCUGAUCCAAAUGUUUGUGUGCAUGAGUAAGCAGGGCCUUUGCAUUUGCAUGAACAGCUUCUGAUUUUUGCAAGAUUUCUCCCAAUUUGCGAGCAGUGCUGUCAGUCUGUGUCGGGUACUUGCUUUCUCAAACGAACCUGAGAAAAAAUAAAGACACCAAGAACUGCGGAUUGAAUGUUUUUGCGACUGUUGAUUUUUUGAACCUCAGUG